GUGAUGGCCAUCUGCCUGCAGUACGGACACUCCGAGGGCACCUGCUGCGGCGGCUGCCUGCUGUCGGUGAAGGAUAUCUUCGGGGGAGGAUGGUAUGAAGUCAUGAAGACCAUCCUCGAGGUCGUGGGCGAUGUUGGGGCCCUUCUCUUCUCCUUCGUGGCGGCAAAGUAUGCCAUGACCGUGUCAUCAGCCAGUGAGCACUUGGAGAUCGUGUGCCAGCGUGCCCCGACCUGUUGCGGCUGCUUCACGCCGGACACCCUCUCCGACUUCACCUCCUCGGAGCCCUUGGCGCUGAAGUUCUUGGAAGAGCUCUUCAUUGAGGCUUGGGACAACGAAGCGGAGGACCAGCAGGUCGUAGCAGACCCCAGCUUAAACAUCGACGGCGAGGAUGAGGAUCGUGGAGUGAAAGCCUACGCCCUGGAGAAUCAGAUGCCCACCUGGGAG